AUGGCAUUUGCACACUUCUUUCCAACAUGCCUCGUCUUAUGCUUGGUUCUGGAAACUCAUCUGACAUCAUGUUCAAUCGUACACCAAGAGAGCAGCUUCACAUCAGCCCAUGUCGGGGGCAAUGUGACCUUUCGAUGUUUCUACAAAGGUGACGAUUCGGCAUGGAUCUGCUGGUACAAACAAAGCCUGGGGCAGAAGCCAAAGCUCAUUUCGAGCUUCUAUAGCUAUGGAAAUAAAAUGACGUUUUAUCAUGAAUAUCAGAACAGUCAUCGCUUCCAGAUGGAUGCAGAGAAUCACACUUACUACCUCACGGUUUCGGACCUACGUGUUUCAGACUCAGCGACUUACUACUGCACAGUUAACUAUGCAAAGGUGGUGACUUUUGCAGAGGGACAAACAGUUAGUGUUAGAGAUUCGGGUUUUGACAGUCAGGCUUCAGUCGACCAGCCAAAGUACGUCACCAUCCCACCGGGAGGCUCUGUGACUCUCAACUGCACAGUACAAACUGGGAGCUGUGGUGGAGAACACAGAGUUUACUGGUUCAGAAACUCUGAUGGCUCUCCACCAGGACUGGUUUAUGGACACGAAGCCAAGAAUGAGCAGUGUGAGACGAAUCCCUGCAGACAGACACACACCUGUGUGUAUGACCUGCCUGUGGAGAACCUGGAUGCGUCUCAUGCCGGGACCUACUACUGCGCUGUCGCCUCCUGUGGACACGUCGUUUUUGGAGACGGAACCACGCUGAAUUUCUCCUUAGGAGAAGAAAACCUCUUGGUGUACCUCUGUGUGGGAUCUCUGUUUGGGUCCGUCACCACAGCCCUGGUUGUUUUACUGGUUGUCUUUGUGAGCAGGAGAAAGAGAAGACUUCACCAAGCCACAGAGUCCAGACUGCCUGUGGCCCGGAGAACAAUAACCGAGGAUAAUAAUCCCAGAGUCUCAGGCGACCUCCACUAUGCAUCUAUAAAUGUUGAGUCAUCCAGCAGAUCACAGAAACAGAGCAGGAGCAGCCAGUCUGUCUGUGUCUACUCUAGUGUAAACCGUGAGAAAUGAAGAUCCUCUACUGUACUUUUCAUAGGCGGUGAAUGUUUUUUGUUCUCUGAAUUGAGAUAAACGUUGUAAGGUUUAAAUAAGAUGUCAAAUUUAUUUCUUUAGGAUCUUUUUUUAGCUAAGGCAGCUUUCUAUUUUUGUUGUU